AUGACAACCCUGGAACGUCUAAAAUUUGGAAAGGAGACAAAGGACAGCGUAACGCUGCUGCCAUGUUUUUAUUUUGUAGAGCUACCUAUUCUAGCGCUAUCGGUCAUCAGUCUCUACUUCCUGGAGCUAACCGAUCUUUUCCAACCAGUGCAUUCUGGGUACAGCUGCAAUGACAAAAGUCUUUCUCUACCCUAUGUCACACCGCAAAAAGAAGUUUGUCCUCUGCCUCUGCUUUUCAGCUUGGCUUUUGCCAUUCCUACUACGACCAUCCUAAUAGGAGAGGCUAUUCUAUUCUGCUAUCUAUCCAGGAGGUCAUCGACCAUCCAGACUGAGGCCAACAUCAGCGCCGCGGGCUGUAACUUCAACUCCUACAUUCGCAGAGUUGUUCGCUUCAUUGGGGUCCAUAUCUUCGGCCUGUGUGUAACCGCGCUGAUAACGGACAUUUUUCAGCUUUCGACUGGACAGCACACACCUUACUGGCUGGACGUGUGCAAACCCAAUUUAACGCACAUAAAUGUAUCAACUUGUGAUGAAGCUUUUAUUCUGGAAGACAUUUGUUCCGGACAAGACACUCCGCUCAUCAUUGCUGGGAGGAAGUCUUUUCCCUCUCAGCAUGCGUCUAUGGCUGGCUUUGCUGCUGUUUACGUCUCAAUGUAUUUAAACACAGUGCUGACAGACUCCACAAAGCUACUGAAGCCUCUCUUGGUGUUUUCUUUCAUCAUGUUGGCUAUCCUGGCCGGAUUAACCCGGAUCAUCCAGUUCCGGAACCACCCCGUUGAUGUCUACUGCGGCUGGAUUCUGGGGUUAGCCGUUGCGUCCUACCUGGGAAUUUUUGCGGUGGGAAGUUUCCGGCCUGGAGAAGAUAAGUCGAAAAGGCGAAAGUUGUCUUUUACGUUAAGGAAGCCUCCCCCUUCUUCUUUCCACAGUGUGUGCCAAUCAGAAGUCAACAAUAGCCAUCAAGUGGGCCACCACAUGUUGUCAGUCAGCCAAGCAGAACCGAUCAGCAUCAGGACCACUCCCCACAGCUUGUCCCCGGAGCCGCCGAAACGAAUCCUGACACGAAGCGCCUCCUACCGGGAGCCUUCUCAAUCCAAUCUCAAGGUCACCAAUGCUGAUUUGGAGAUGAUCAUUCCGCCCAGCCCGAUGACGGCUUGUGAUAAAAACUUCAACAGCAGCACGUUGCCAAGGAACCACGGCGGCUCCUCAUCAGAGGGUUGUCGCGUUCCUCGUCGACACGCCUCCAUCCACACCUCCAUGGAUUCCACCCGAUCCAAACAGCUCCUCAGCCAAUGGAAGAAUAAAAACGACAAGCGGAAACUGUCCCUGCAGGUCAUGGACGGCAUCAGACCAGCUUCCUUAUCUCCGCAAAGAGACAUACAUCUUCGCUAUCCUUCCGAAACACCCGCCGGAGGCAUGGACGCGGAGCUCCACGCGGGAAGCCACCUCUCGCCAGCUGCUGGACAAGAAGCUCACAUCCCAGCCUCUUAUAUAAAGAUAGCCGCCAGUUGCGUUCAAAAUAAAACUCCCCAAAUCCAGAACGGAGGAAGUGGCUACUCGGCCGGACCGAGAAUGAUCAUCCAGUCCCGCCCCGGAUCUUCUCAGCUGGUUCACAUCCCCGAAGAGGAAAAUUCUACCGUCAAGGAUCAGGAGAGCGAAUCUGAAGACAGCACUUUUGAUGUGCUGGCGUCUGCGAAACAGAAGUGGGUGAGGGUUACGGAGAAAAGCACGCUCCCAUGUAGACCGCUCAGCGCGGGCGGGCAGCCUCGACUCAUGCAGGUGAUCGGUUUCUCGAAACCGCCGGGUUUGCUCAAUUCCCGAUCAGAGGACGGCGGCAGCACCGUCAGUUGCACCGGAUCUAUUCGCUACAGAACCCUGAUGGACCAAGACCCGUCACCGCCGGCUUCUACUACUGGUGUAAUGGAAGUCGGCGGCCAAGCGUUGGAACGAAGCGGCAGCAUCAUCCGUGUGGAAGCCCACCCCGAGUCCAACAAGCCCGUGGUGAAACCCCCCAGCACGGACGGCAGCGGCUCUUGGCGCUGGACUCCCGUGGAAAAACGUCCGUCCCUCCGACAGUCCGCUUUUAACAUCGACGACAUACCGCGAAACGCGGACAGCUGCGACUCCCUGAAGGACGCCGGCUCCUCGGACGGCCGGCAGAGCGUCGCGGGGAACAAAUUUGAGGGCAAACUCGGCGUGGAAGGAGUUCCGAGCAAUCACCCGCACGUAGUUUACCCUUUGCACCAAUCCCAUUCCAAUUUCCAGGAUCCCAACUCCUGCAAUCCUCUCACUCCCAAUUCCGUAUUCUCCCCUCCUUUCCAUUACCACCCCCAGUCGGUCACGACCAUUCGCGUCACCCCCGUGGAAGGGACGGCCGCCAGCAGCGACGGCAGCUCCGACAGCCAGUCGGCCGCGUCUUCCAGCCGCGAGUCCACCUUGAGGAGAAAAGACGGCGCCGAAGUUCACUUCGGUCAAGAUUCGGGGAACAACGUCUUCAAAGGUGAAAGCGGACAUUUUUUCCAAGACAAUCCCGUCCACCAUAACAGACAGUUACAAGGAAUGUUCGGGCGACCGAGUCCGCACCCUCCGCCUACUUUGCCCCGGCCCAUUAUGACGCACCCGCCACCUCAAAGUCUAGGUUUGGCCUUUAAGGAAGCUUAA